UUGAUUUUUUUUCAACUCAUCUACUUGUAUUCCUCCUUACCCUUUUCUUCUCUCACUCAUCUUUGAAAAACCUAUUUAUAAGCAGAAUACUAACUAGCUCACUAGCAAGCAAAGCCAUGGCAACCUGUGACAGCCUACAACACAUCUUUGAUACCCUAUUGCCAGAAAAUCCAACACUGCUUCAAUCCCUUUCAUUUAACAAAAUUAAACCAGUAAAAUCCAUAGAGCCCUCCUCCUUUACUGAGAUAUUUGGUGAACUCCACUUCAAGGAAUCAUCAUCACCAGAGAUAAACCACGCAAAGCUCAACCAGAUCAAAGAGUCUGAGUCUUCUGACACUAUCCAAACUCCAUCUUCAGCUUCUUUUUCAAUUACACCAAUAGCAAGGCAUACCAACAGGCACAAAAGCAGUGACAGCUUUUCAUGGUUGAAUUCCGAAAGUAUGCAUCUUUGCACCGAAGGUCUUGGUUUUGAGAGUUCAGACGAUGUCGAGGACUCAAAGAGUGGAGCGAAUGAAUCUUUACAAAUUGAUCAAAAUGAGAAACGUGUCGAACAUCAUUUAUCUUCAAGACAUCAUUCUUAUGGAGAAUGUAGGAGGUUAAGGGUUAGUGAGUACCCUCCUCCCAUUUCAAGCAUAGGGAGGACUGGGAAGCCUUGGGUUUAUUUCAGGUCUAUUAGGAAUAAUGGAAGAUUUGUCCUUGAAGAGGUAAGGAUACCCACACAGGAGGUCUUGCGUGCUUAUAGAGAGGAUGGAAGGCUCAAGCUGCAGUUUGUUCAGCCUCCCGAGGAUGAGUUUCUGGAAGAGGAUGAAGAAGAGAAUGAUAUAGGAAGCAUAGAUGAAGAAGGAGAAGACAUGGCAAAAGAAGAGGACAAUUCUGUAACACAUCAUCCAAAUGAAGAAUAAGAGAUUGCUUGAUGGUUAAGUUACUGGUUACUCAAUUAAGGAAAGACAGAAAAAUUGAAUAAUCAAGACACUUAUAUAUGUUGCCUAUGGAUUUGCAAAAAUAAGACUGAAAAUAAUACUUGAUAAGCACUCUUAUAUAUGUUGCCUUUAAUUUUACUCUUUCAUAUUUACAUGUCAUAAGUUUUUGUUAUUUAUUUUUCAAUAUUUGUCCUGUAAAUAGAAAAUAACAAUGUUUUAUAUGAA